CUGUGCUUCGACCAGCGGACCUGCUGGACCUCCUUCGAUUUGGCCAGCGAGGGUGCCGAAGACGAUGAAACGCGAAGUUUCACGACGCCAACUCAACAUCAAUUGGUCAACCAGAAAAGGCGGACGAGACCAGUUUGCGACCACAAACGUCCAAGGCUACCCCGUCACCACUGCCGAGUACAUCGUGAACGACGUCUGCGAUGUUCGCUGGAUGUCGGCCGUGUGGUCAAUGCAAGAGAGAGUGCCUCAAGUCAAAGAAGACGUCCAUGAGACGUCCAAAAACGGGACAAGAGAGAUCGCGACGACUGCGGCCACUCGCGGACGCGUAGCCUCACAAGUAUACCUCGCUCGUGGCCACGUGGUCACAGGCGUCAUCGACGUAUUCCAGGCGACCACUGCCAAUCAUGAAGGAUGCCGAGGUGCACAGAGUGAUCAAAAGGUUCGCCAGUCGCCCGAGAUUGCGGAGGUAUACGUCCAAAUCGCACACGACCAGGUCAACACCAUCGGGGACCUCAACACGGAAAAGGUCUUACACCGAAGGCAAGGUACAACGGCAACCUCGGUAAAUGUCGAUCACCCUUCGCGGAACGGCAGCCAUGGCACCUUGGAGGCUGUCGACACCGAUUCCGCCGACGACUCCUUCUGGAUCUCGGUGUUCACGAAAUACCGGCGACGUGACCCGUGCGGUUUGAGUCCUCUGCAUGAUCUGCGGGCACCGCGGCUUCCCGGCUUUACGGAGUGGCUUCCCGCAAAGUGGUUUCUGCUGCACCAUCCAGGACCAGCCCCAACGAGUCCGUUGAUGCGAGGUCACCCGGUACGAAGACUCCACACGCAGACACUGUGCAUGACAUCAAGUCGGGAAUUCCGAUUUGCGUUGUCAGCACCACGAUUCCACCGGUACGACCACGGGCGGCGUCAGGCGAACCCUGGGUGGCGUCCUGUCGGCACGCACGUCCCACCGGGCCGCGUGGUGGCUCGCGACCGAGGUAUUGUAGCCGUGCUCCAGCAUCGAAGACGCGGAGUUCACCUUGGAAAGCCGAGAGCCCACGGGAUGCCCGGACGACGCAAGGGAGCUCCGCGUGCCGUAGCAGCUCCUAAACCUAAGACGCCUGCUGGGCUGCAAUACAUGUCUAGCCUCUCCUCUGCCACCGUGGUUGUCAUCGUCGGCGUCGUCGUCGUCCUGCUGCGAGGCGGGAAGAGCUACGCAGUCGUAGGGCGAGCGCAGAGACGACAGUUUCCGGUCGUCCCAGAGCGAGAGGCGACCAGCGUGAUGCGUCUGCGGCCGCCGACCCCGCGGUGCAUGACCGCGCGGCGCGAGUGCGAGUGUCCAAGCCACCAUGGUCGCGACCUCGACCGCUUGACGGCGCCCCAGGUGAAUUGGCAGUUUCUGGAGAAGUAA